UCCUUUGGGAAGAGACACAAAUCACUUCAAUUUGAUCAAGAGAGCUACGGAUACAGCCUCCUCUUGAUUUAGCCACUUUUGAAUAUCUUUUUUGUUUUUUGUCCUGACAAAGAAAAAUCGGAGAAAAAGAAGACAAGAGGAGAAAAGUUGUUAGGUCAUGAUGACAUUUGAUAUGAGAUCUGCUUGAUCGCACCAGCUGCUCCCAGGAAACAUUAUCAGCAGCACAGAAAAGACGACUUGCUUUUUGUUUCCACUUUGAGUCUUGGUGACACCGGGAUCUGUCCUGGUUUCCAAACUCCUUCCCAUCUCUCUCUCUCUCUUUCUUUCAAGCGCGCGCGCUCUCUCACUCUCUCUUUUACGCACGGGAGGUGGGCACCUGAGAACACUACCAACGGGAAGAGAGUGCGAGACAUCCCGGAUUCAUGUUUGGGAUUCAGGAGAGCAUCCAAAGGAGUGGGAGUAUUUUGAAAGAGGAGCCCAUCGGAGCCGGCAUGAACGCAGUCCGAACAUGGAUGCAAGGCGCCGGGGUGCUGGAUGCGAACACGGCCGCGCAGAGUGGAGUGGGACUGGCCCGGGCGCACUUCGAGAAACAGCCGCCCUCCAAUCUUCGCAAAUCCAACUUCUUCCACUUCGUUUUAGCCCUUUACGACCGACAAGGACAGCCGGUGGAAAUCGAGAGAACCUCUUUUGUCGGAUUUGUGGAAAAAGAGAAGGAGACUACAGGAGAAAAGACAAACAAUGGCAUACAUUACAGACUGCAACUUCUCUACAGCAACGGCAUCAGAACAGAGCAGGAUUUUUAUGUAAGGCUAAUUGACUCCAUGACUAAACAGGCCAUCAUAUAUGAAGGUCAGGACAAGAAUCCGGAGAUGUGCCGUGUGCUCCUGACUCAUGAAAUCAUGUGCAGUCGCUGUUGUGACAAAAAGAGUUGCGGGAACCGCAACGAGACACCCUCGGAUCCCGUCAUCAUCGACAGAUUUUUUCUCAAGUUUUUCCUGAAAUGCAAUCAGAACUGCCUGAAGAAUGCAGGAAAUCCACGGGACAUGCGGCGCUUUCAGGUGGUUGUGUCGACGACAGUAAGCGUAGAUGGACAUGUUCUGGCUGUUUCGGACAAUAUGUUCGUGCACAACAACUCGAAACAUGGCAGAAGAGCUCGGCGACUGGACCCGUCGGAGGGAACGCCGUCAUAUCUGGAGCACGCUGCACCUUGUAUCAAAGCCAUUAGUCCCAGUGAAGGCUGGACAACAGGAGGUGCUACUGUCAUCAUCAUCGGAGACAACUUCUUCGACGGGCUGCAGGUCAUCUUCGGAACCAUGUUAGUCUGGAGUGAGCUCAUCACGCCUCAUGCCAUCAGAGUUCAGACCCCUCCACGUCACAUCCCCGGGGUGGUAGAGGUCACGCUCUCCUAUAAGUCCAAACAGUUUUGCAAAGGCACACCAGGAAGAUUCAUCUACACAGCUCUGAAUGAACCCACCAUAGACUACGGUUUUCAGCGGUUACAGAAGGUGAUACCUCGGCAUCCAGGAGACCCUGAACGCUUGCCAAAGGAAGUGAUUUUGAAGAGAGCAGCAGAUCUAGUGGAAGCACUUUAUGGAAUGCCUCAUAACAACCAGGAAAUCAUUCUUAAGCGAGCAGCAGACAUUGCUGAAGCCCUGUACAAUGUGCCACGAAACCACAACCAGCUCACCGGCCUCACCAACAGCUCCGUCCAUGCAAGCAUGAUGGGAGUGAACUCCUUCACUGGACAGCUCGCCGUUAACGUCUCAGAGUCGUCUCAGGGUGGAAACCAGGGUUUCAGUCGUAACACGAGUAGCGUAUCACCACACGGAUAUGUGCCCAGUCCCACCCCUCAGCAGAGCAGUUACAGUACGGUAUCCACCAGCAUGAACGGCUACGGCAACAGCGGCAUGACCAACCUGACCGGCUCCCCGAGCUUCCUGAACGGCUCUGCCGCCAACUCGCCCUACGCAAUCGUCCCCUCCAGCCCCACCAUGGUCUCCUCCACCAACCUGCCCUCAAACUGCAGCAGCUCUUCUGGAAUCUUCUCCUUCUCUCCGGCAAACAUGGUUUCAGCUGUGAAACAGAAGAGCGCGUUCGCUCCUGUCGUUCGGCCCCAGUCCUCACCUCCACCUACAUGCACUAGCACCAAUGGGAACGGUCUCCAAGAUCAGUCUUUUGUCGACUCUAACAAGUACUCCACAGCCAGCGCGCUCCAGGGCCUGGCCUUCUCCUGAAUUAUCCCUGGAAUGAUUGUUCCUCCAAUGUAGGGUGCGUGGGUGUGUGUGUGUGUGUGUGUGUGUGCAGACGGAAAGAUGAAACAUACUCUUUCAUGCCACUGGUCUCACUGAGCGUGUGCAGAAUACUCCGGCGCUGGACUUGACCUCCUGGUCCUGUUCUGAAGGAUGAAAAACUACAAACUCAGGCCCUUUUUAAACACAAUCUGCUUUGAAACAAAAAGAUAUAGAGGAAGAACGAUUCGAGAAAAAUAUCGAACUGAACUGUUGUACCUCCCUGUUUUGAUGUUGAAAUUUGUACUCACCUUCUAGACACUUUUUAAGAUAAGGGGCGACAGCACAAAUGAUGCUCAGCCGCCCCGUCUACACUAUAACAUGAGAGGUCUAUUUAUUUUAAAAACGUAGUUAUUGAUUUGCCAUCAUAUUUGUGUGUUUCUGUGUGUACCAGCCUUUUAUGAAAUGAUACCUGACACAAUAUUGCAGUGGUUUCUAUUUACGAUUUUAGAUGAAAGAUUGCAGGUGAUUUAUGCGCAGUAAUGUCCCACUGAAUUUGUGAAAAUGCAUUUGAAUUUGAAGAACUGAAGUCAAUCAGUCUACAAAAUGCCAGCAAUGUAAACUCAUAUUAAAACUGCGGCUGUGAAAAAUUAAUUUAUGCCUUUUUUUUACCAUGGUUAAAAUCCAAUUCAGAGCUCAUUUCUUGAGUCUUGAUUUUCACAUUCAUAUUCCAUUUGUUGAUAUUAUGCUGCCUUCAAGUCCUUCUGGGAAGUUUUGAUUCGAAAAACAUUUGGUUGGGAAAAAUAGGCAUGUUUGGCAAUUUCAUAUUUCUCUCUUUUUAAACUUAAUGUUAAGCUUUUUAGCACCACUGCAACAAAAUUAAAGGGAUAGUUUUCUCAAAAAUGA